CAAAAAUAUCAUCUCAGUGAACACUCUAACCCCCCUCGGCUACUUCAACUCUACGUCGAAAAGACCACGAUUUUUCUCGAGAGUUUUCUGGAAAUGGCGGACGAAAUUAGGUUUUUCGAGUUGAACACAGGCGCUAAGAUUCCUUCUGUUGGGUUGGGGACCUGGCAAUCGAGCCCUGGUGUGGUCGGCGAAGCCGUCGCUGCUGCGAUCAAGGCUGGAUAUCGCCAUAUUGAUUGUGCUGCAGUUUAUGGCAAUGAGAAGGAGAUUGGUUCCGUUCUAAAGAAGCUAUUUGAAGAUGGUGUGGUGAAGCGUGAGGAUUUGUGGAUUACCUCUAAGCUCUGGAAUACUGAUCAUGCACCAGAGGAUGUGCCAGAGGCAUUGAACAAGACUUUGCAAGACUUGCAACUUGAUUAUGUUGACUUGUACCUUAUCCACUGGCCAGUAAAGUUUAAAAAGGGGUCAACAGGCUUCAAGCCUGAAAAUCUUGUUGAACCAGACAUACCAGGCACUUGGAGAGCAAUGGAAGCACUCUAUGAUGUUGGUAAGGCUCGAGCUAUUGGUGUAAGCAAUUUUUCUACAAAGAAGCUGGCAGAUUUGGUAGAUGUUGCACGUGUUCCUCCUGCUGUCAACCAGGUGGAGUGCCAUCCCUCAUGGCAGCAGGGCAAGCUACAUUCAUUCUGUAAAACCAGUGGCGUUCACCUAUCUGGUUAUUCGCCUUUGGGUUCUCCUGGCACCACGUGGAUCAAAAGUAAUGUCCUUCAGAAUCCAAUUCUUAAAACAGUGGCAGAGAAAUUAGGAAAAACUCCUGCACAGGUUGCACUUCGUUGGGGCCUGCAAAUGGGUCAUAGUGUUCUUCCUAAGAGUACAAAUGAAGCAAGGAUUAAGGAGAACUUUGAUGUUUUCAGUUGGUCUAUUCCAGAGGACUUAAUGGCCAAGUUCAAUGAAUUCGAGCAGGCAAGACUAAUCAGAGGGGCUUCCUUUGUUCAUGAUACUUAUGGUGUCUACAGGACCCUUGAGGAGUUCUGGGAUGGUGAAAUCUGAAAGUGAAAUAUGUGCGCUUUAUCGAUUGGGAACGAAGGAAGCGGGAAAUACAAAUGCUACUGGAUAAAUUGUUUCAUUUGAGGACCUUUAGAGGGUUUUGAUUAAUUGGGAUUCACCUACUAAGUGUUUCGUUGUUAAAUAGACGAGCAUUAGACUUAAGGCUUUGGACAGAUAAUCUGCGUUAUUAAUUUUUUUUUUUCCUUCUCUUUGUUGUGUAGUAAAAUACUAAAUAGGACGGAAUAUCAUUGAUCCCCUUCCAAAUGGAGUUCAUUGUAUGUUGUUUUUAUCUAAAACUAAAAAACGGUGUUUUUGGAUGGGUCUA